CUCAGUUACUUUUGACCAUCAAAUCAGUCUACCAUGUAUUCUCCUUGCCCCUCUCGCAAAACAAAAAUGUGUUCUGCUUGCCAAAAGAGAGAAAGAUAGAGCAAGAGAGAGGAUAGAUAGCAGCCGCCAUUAGUGUGGGGAGGCAGCAAUAGCAUCUCUGUCUGUCCCCAAGAAGAGUUGACCUGACGCCUGAAACCUGAAGCUACAGGCAAGUGUUGAGAGUUGAGAAAACAGAGCAAAAGCAGAGGAAAGCAGGCUAUCAUCUGUAUGUAUCGAGUUAUCGCCAUGGAUACCAGAAUCCACAAAUUAAACUACUGGGCAUCUCACCUGUAUGGUCAAUUUCGUGGAAGACCUGAGGUAACCGACCAAAGGGAGAAGUACUUGCAAAGAUUGCAACAAGUACAGCAGCAGCAGGGCAACCUUCUUAACGCUUCUCAUGUAACGGGCAUCAAUGAGAAGCAAUUUCCAACCCAGCAGCCGAAUUCCCUCUUACAGCAGUUUAAUUCUCAGAGUUCUUCUAUCUCUUCUCAAGGGGGCCUUGGGCUAGGGGUUCAGGGACCAGACGCUGGGCAAACAAAAAGUGACGAGCAACAAGGCUUGGCCAAUGAUGUCGGUGUGGAGUCUGCCGCAACAACUGGACCGAUUAAGCACACUAGUGAAGAUGACACGAAGGCUCCUUACUCGGUACGGUCCAACUUUUUCAUACAUGCCUGCUCAUGA